CGGGAAUUUAAUCCAUGUUCCCCCAUUUUCUGAAUAAUAGUUCCUGAUUUUUGUGUUUGUCUCGGCGAGCGAGGGAUAAAAUUGAAAUUCCUGAGACAAAAAAUCGUUUUCCGGCGCUUCCUCUGCCUCGUCUGCUACCGUGCGACUGGCGGUGCUUCCUUCCGUUAUUUGAUUCCGGCGAUAAAUCCCGAGAAAGAUGUCCGACCAAGUAGAUGUCCGAAAUCUCCCGAUCGAUAUAUCUUUCCCUCGACUUCUUGAAUGGCUGGUCGACCGGAAGAGGAUCCCGGUAGAUUGGCGGAAACGGUUAGCGUCGUUGAAGGCUAGGAUUUCGUCGGCUUUCAGUUCGCUACCCAAGGAUUUGGAUCCCUUGUUCCUGACCUUAGAUUCUGAUUCAAUAGGAUAUCUGGAUGCAAAAAAAAUAAGUGAAAUUCUUCUGAAAUCAACUCCAGAGACUAGGAACAUUUUCGGUCGUCCCUCUGGUUCAUCUGGUGAAUGGAUCAACAUUGUGCGAGCAUAUGAAAAGGAUCAUCUUUUUCUUGCUGAGGCUGCACAAAUUAUGGUUCAGACCGUGAAUUAUGACAUCCCCUAUCAGAAGAAACAAAUACAGAAGCUUCAGCAGCAGCUGUCAGAAAUGGACCGUAAAGAAGUUGAUAUUAAAAGAGCUAUAUCUUUAUCAGUCGCUAAAUAUGAAGAAUCCUGUCGAGAGCUAGGAUUGCAGGGGAAUAACAUCAAAGUUGAACUUUUGGAGUCUGCAAAAUCUCUCUCUGAUACGUUCUGCAAGGCUUGUGAGGUUCUUAAUGGUGAUUCAGUAUCAAAAGCUACAGAAUAUUAUUUGAAUUUUGUGACAGAUGUUCACACUGAUACAGAGGUGACUGACUCGGUUCUGUCAAAUUUGAGAAAUCUUCGUACCAAUCCGCCUUCCUUUAAUAUAUCAGUGGACCCUGAGAUUGUGGAUUCAGAAGUUCAGUUUGAGAUGAGUUCUUCUUUGCCGAUAGUGGAGAACCAAGAGCAUGAUGUGGUUGACAUUGACUGGAACAUCACACUUGAUAAUACUGGUAUUGACUGGGAAAUCGGUCCUAUAGAUCAAUCAGAGGAUUCUGAAACUUUAUUUGGAUCAAAUGAAAUUGUCAAUCCAGAAGAAAAUGUCCACCAACCAUUGUCAGAUGGUGAUAUAAACUCUCUUCAUGUUUCACCAAAUGAAUUGUUGAGUGGCCUUGGCAAAGAGUGUUCUGAUCAGGAAAUAUGCUGGGAUAUAUAUAUUGAGAAUACUCCGGUUGAAAUGUUAGAUGGGAUACCUGAUGCAGAUCAGAAGCCUAAAAUUUCUGAUUUGAAUACCUGUACAAUCAACAAGGCCAACGAGGAGCCUAGAAGUAAACUUUUAGAGACAGAGUAUCGGAACAGACUCCUUGAUGAUCUGUUUGAGAUCAAAUCUUUUCUUACACAACGACUUAUGGAAAUGGGAAAUGAGGAGACAGCUUCCCUACAGAAUCAGGUUCAGGCAGUUGCUCCUUUGGUGCUGCAGCAGUACCCUUCUGAUGCUAUUCAGUUUAUGAUAUCCGAUCUCUCCUCAGCAAUCUUUCUGCUUUCCAACAGGAAGGCACGUGAUCUAAUAAUGCUUUUGAACUCCAAAAGGUUCUUGGACAGACUGGCGUCCACACUUGAGGAGAAAAAACACCAUGAGGCAAAACUGAAAGAAAGCUUGAAAAAUCUGCUAGUAAGGCGUUUGGAACUUCAAAAUUCAUUGACUUCAUCCUGGCCUAGACAGGAAGCCGCAUUACAGAAAACAAGGGAACUUAAGAAGUUGUGUGAAGCAACUUUGUCUGCAAUCUUUGAUGGAAGGCCUGUCAAUAUCAUUGGAGAAAUCAAUUCCCUGCUAAGCAGCCCAUAGGAAAUGACUUCAAAAAGGAGAAUGUCAAAUACGAUUGAGUAGAACAACAGGCUCUUCUUGUUUUUGGAAUUAUUCCAGUGGAGAAAAUUCUUGUAUAUUGCCUAUGAGAAAUUUUGAGCUAAUUUAGCCUUCAUAAGCAUUGGUUAUUAUA